AUGGCGGAGGCGGCGCCGGCCUCGCCGUGGUGGGCGGGGCGGAUGGCGGCGGCGUUCGGGGCGCCGUUCCUGUGGCUCGUCUGCCUGAUCUACUUCAUCCAGGAUGCUGAGCAUUGGUGGCAUGUCAAAUACCUUAAGGGUUUCAGAUCUUUUGUCUGGACAGCUGUCUCAUAUCAAAUGAAGGACAUCAUGAAGCUGUCACCCUCAACAUCACAGUUUUUGGUCUCUGCUGCAUUUUUCCCUUGGAGCAUAAAACCUAUAUAUGGGAUUGUGUCGGACUGUAUUCCAAUUAAGCAGAGGAAGCGUGUACCCUAUUUGAUCAUUUCUAGUGGUCUUUCUCUAUUUCCAUGGCUUAUCAUUGGGCUGUCAGAACAUUUGAGGAGCUCAAGCAAUCUUUUUACGCUAAUGUUGAUUGUACAGAACUUGGGAUCUGCCAUGGCAGAUGUUGUUAUAGAUGCAAUGAUUGCAGAGGCAGUUCGAUCAGCAGGGCCAGAAUUUGCUGGUGAUCUCCAGUCAUUAUCUUGGUCAUCAAUGGCUGUAGGGGGGAUAUUUGGGAGCUUAUUGGGAGGAUACGCAUUGUCCAAUCUCCCAAUAAAUGUUAUUUAUAUUAUUUUCUCUGCUCUUCCACUGUUCCAACUAGUUACAUGUGUUUUCGUUAAGGAAUCUCCAAAAGGAUUUGAGAGCACGAUAGAUAAUGCUGCACAUGAUCAUGCUGAUGAUCAGAAUAUUGAUAGUGCUUUUGCUGGACAAGGCUCAGCAGUUCCAAAUAUCUCAACAGUAAUGUUCUAUUAUCAAACGGAGGUUCUACAUCUGGAGGCAUCCUUCUUAGGGACUGCACGUGUGAUUGGGUGGUUCAGUCUAAUGCUUGGCACAUAUAUCUACAACCGCUACUUAAAGCAUAAAAAACUCAGGAAUAUUCUUAUGUUUGCACAUCUUGGCCUUGCGAUAAUUACUGUACUGGACAUUUUACUGGUGUCAAGAUUACAUAUGCAGUAUGGAAUAGCAGACAAAUACAUGGUGCUGUGGGGCUCUGCUUUGGCUGAUGCAAUCAACCAAUUCAAGAUGAUGCCGUUCCUAAUCCUCUCGGGACAACUUUGCCCACCUGGAAUCGAGGGCACACUGUUUGCUCUGUUCAUGUCCAUUAACAACCUCAGUUCGACAUUAGGUUCAUUCCUUGGAGCUGCAUUGACGUCAGCUUUGAACAUCUCGUCGGUACAGUUUGACAAUCUGGCACUCGGCCUAACUGUUCAGCUGAUGGGCACUCUCUUACCUAUUGGAUUUUUGUUUCUGAUUCCAAGGGACGUCAGGGGACUAACAACAUAG